CGCUCAUUGGUCGCACAGGCUGUCCGUCAGGGGCGGGCCGGCGCGCGCGCCGCCGCGGGCGGGGGGCGGUGGCAGAUCCCGUAAGUCGGGCGGCCGCGUAGUUGCAGCCGUCGCCGCAGUCACCGCCACAUUCAACAGGCAGCUGCGCUGCGGUCACGCCGCGGGAGAGAGCGAGCGGCCCGCGGCAUCCGUGCGUCCGCGUCCUUCUGUCCUUCCGCCCGCGGCCCUGUCACCAGGAGCGCGACGCCAGCCCGCCGUUCAGCCCGCGCAGCCAGCCCCGAGGAGCUCGGGUGCGGAUGGACCCGCGAAGUUAAGUUCUGGGCUCGCUCUGCGCUGCCCCGCGCCCGGCUCCGGGCUUCCUUCCGCUCGCGGCGCUGACCUCGGCCCCCGGACCUCGGCCGGCCCGCGGCGCCCUUUCGCCCCCCGCGCCGCGCUCUCCCCUCCUGCGUUCUCCGCGGCUGGGGGAGGGGCGGGGGUCACCAUGGCCGAGGCGCCCCAGGUAGUGGAGAUCGACCCGGACUUCGAGCCGCUGCCCCGGCCGCGCUCGUGCACCUGGCCGCUGCCCAGGCCGGAGUUCAGCCAGUCCAGCUCGGCCACCUCCAGCCCGGCGCCGUCGGGCGGCGCGGCCGCGAACCCCGACGAAUUCAAUUCGCCAUAAUCUGUCCCUGCACAGCAAAUUCAUUCGUGUGCAGAAUGAAGGAACUGGGAAAAGUUCCUGGUGGAUGCUCAAUCCAGAAGGAGGCAAGAGUGGGAAAUCCCCCAGGAGAAGGGCUGCGUCCAUGGACAACAACAGUAAAUUUGCUAAGAGUCGAGGCCGAGCUGCUAAGAAAAAAUCAUCCCUCCAGGCUGGCCAGGAGGGUGCUGGGGACAGUCCUGGAUCGCAGUUUUCCAAAUGGCCUGCAAGCCCUGGCUCUCACAGCAAUGAUGACUUUGAUAACUGGAGUACAUUUCGCCCUCGAACUAGCUCAAAUGCUAGUACUAUCAGCGGGAGGCUGUCCCCCAUUAUGACGGAACAGGAUGAUCUGGGAGAUGGGGACGUGCACUCUCUAGUAUACCCGCCGUCUGCGGCAAAGAUGGCUUCCACUCUGCCCAGUCUGUCUGAAAUAAGCAAUCCUGAAAACAUGGAAAACCUUUUGGAUAAUCUCAACCUUCUCUCAUCCCCAACACCAUUAACUGUUUCAACCCAGUCUUCACCUGGCAGCAUGAUGCAGCAGACAACGUGUUACUCCUUUGCACCGCCAAACACCAGUCUGAGUUCCCCCAAUCCAAACUACCAAAAGUACACAUACGGCCAAUCCAGCAUGAGCCCUUUGCCCCAGAUGCCUAUGCAAAGCCUUCAGGACAACAAAUCUAAUUAUGGAGGAUUGAAUCAGUAUAACUGUGCCCCAGGCCUGUUAAAGGAGUUACUUACUUCUGACUCUCCUCCCCAUAAUGACAUUAUGUCACCAGUUGACCCUGGGGUAGCUCAACCCAGUAGCCGGGUCCUGGGCCAGAAUGUGAUGAUGGGCCCUAAUUCGGUCAUGCCAACCUAUGGCAACCAGGCAUCUCACAACAAAAUGAUGAAUCCCAACUCCCAUACCCACCCUGGACACGCCCAGCAAACAUCUGCCUGUAAUGGGCGCUCCCUGCCCCACGCAGUGAACACCAUGCCUCAUACCUCAGGUAUGAGCCGCCUGACCCCAGUGAAGACACCUUUACAAGUGCCUCUUACCCAUCCCAUGCAGAUGAGUGCCCUGGGCUAUUCUUCGGUGAGCAGCUGCAACGGUUAUGGCAGGAUGGGCAUUCUCCACCAGGAGAAGCUCCCAAGUGACUUGGAUGGCAUGUUUAUUGAGCGUUUGGAUUGUGACAUGGAGUCCAUCAUUCGGAAUGACCUCAUGGAUGGAGAUACCUUGGAUUUUAACUUUGACAAUGUGUUGCCCAACCAAAGCUUCUCACACAGUGUCAAGACGACGACACACAGCUGGGUGUCAGGCUAAGAGUUAGCGAGCAGGCUACAAAGUCAUUCAGAUUGUCUGACAGCAGGAACUGAAAGAAGCAGUCCAAAGAUGUCCUUCACCCAUCCUUUUGGUUUUCUUGAUUUAAAAAAAAAAUCCUUCCUUUUUUCCUUUCAUCAGAGUUGGCAGCAAAGUUACUUUUCCUGUGCAGGAUGUUUGCCUGGUGUUUGCAGCUUAUGUGCUACUGUAGAUAAGGACUGUGCCAUUGGAAGUUUCUUUACAAUGAAGUGCCAAACUCACUACACCAUAUACUGCAGAAAAGACUUGGGGAUCCUGGUAUGCUUUCAGGUUUUGUAUAUAAGCAGUGGAUACAAAAUUGUAUUUGUGUUUUUUUUUUGUUUUUUUUUUUUGUUUUGUUUUUUAUUUUAUAUAUUCAUUUGGUCCAAGGAAAGUUUAUACUCUUUUUGUAAUACUGUGAUCAUGUCUUGGUAAGUUAAACAUUUGUUUUUACUACCUGUGUUCUGCUGAAGUGAUGAAUCACAAAGAACUGAGAUGUCCUACACCUCCACCGAGUGACUUCGGACCUGUGCACGUGCCGCAGGAGGCACAUGUGAACCAAGGAGCCUGUUACCGAUCUGCUGAGUUAAUGGACUUGUCAGACUUUUUUGGGAAAAAAAAAAUAGAUUAAGCGCCAGCCUUGUACAGGUCUUUUCUAUUUUUUUUUUUUUAUUUUGUUAUUUGCAAAUUUGUAAAAACAUUUGAAAUGGUUCUAAUUUCCAGAUAAAUGAUUUUUGAUGUCAUUGUUGGGACUUGAGAUCAUUUUUGGAAUAGAUAUUGUAAUGUUUUCUUAAAACUAGAGUCUACUUUGUUACAUUGUCCGCUUGUAAAUUUGUGGAAUCACAGGUAUUUGGGGGACAGCAUUCGUAAUUUUCAUUUUGUAUUUCUAACUGGAUUAGUACUAAUUUUGUAUGUGCUUAACUGGUUUGUACACUUUCAGAUGCUACUUGGUGGUGUUUCUGACUAAUCUUAAAUCAUUGUAAUUAGUACUUGCAUACUCAAUGUUUCUGGCCCUGAUGGGCAGGAAAGUGAUGUAUAGUUAUGGACACUUUGCAUUUUGUAUUUAGAAGAGCUAAAUAUGUUUUUAUGUACGUAUUUUAAAGAAAUCCCACCUGCUUCGAUUACAUUGUGAACUGUGUGCACUGCGUAGUGUCUCCUCUGGUAGAUACCUGUAUGUUGCGUUGUUACAGUUAUUCCUGCGAGGCCUCAUAAUGUUUGUAGAUCAGAAAGCGAGACCUACAUGUAAAAUAGUUCCCUGGCAGUCUUGGUCAACCUAACCAUUUUGAGUUGUGCUUUAGCAAAAAUUUCCCUAAAAUCUCUGCUCUUGUUUCAGUCUAGGUUGGGGUCGGUUUUGUGGAAUAGAUACUGAAUUGUAGAUACCUUUUUGGAAUAGAUACUUGGAGCUCUGCCUUGAGGAGUCAUGUCACUCCUCACUCUCCAUCGGUCUUUCUUCUGUCUUUCAAAGUUUAAAUUGAAGGAGGGAGUGCAGAAAUGGAGCUAAAGUGACUUUUAGAAUGGUUGUGUUCCUAAGUAGAUAUGUCUAUCAAGUGAACUUGAACUUGUUUAAAAAUAAGGGGAGUUAAUUUGAAAACCAACCAACCAGCUUUUAAGUUACAGGUUUGAAGUGAUUUUAAAAGCCUUAUCUUAGGUUGAGAAUUUGAGUAUUUCUUCAGCCGGUAGCAGCCCAUACCAUACUGCAAUCAUUGUAUUUUAAUACGUUACAGUUACUUGUAACUGACAGAUCAGGGUCAUUGGCUUUGCCUCCCAUUCACUCUACUGCUGUUUCAGUCAUGUGGAAAGCCCAGGGCCACCAGAAAGGGAGGAACGGUUCUCUGGUCUUCUGGAGAAGACUCUGCUUCUCAGUACACAGUCUGAUCGUACUUAUUUCUGUAUCUUGUAUGUUAAUUGCAUCCCUUCUGGUGUGUUUUUUUCCCUGGUGUGUAAUAAGAACACAAGUGUUGCUGAAAGGCCAACUGCAUGAUAAGCUUUCUACCAUGACCUUCAGUGUUUCAAACAUGUGUAAUCACCCCCUCUGACCAUCUUCCUGGGGCACUCCAAAGCUGACUUGGUGUAAAAAACCCAUUUUUCUGUAAGAAGUGCCUCCUGCAUAUUAGAAAUUACUGGGGUCAGAAAACUCAUGUGCUCGGUUCUGGGCCCCUGUCCAUUCUUCCACUUUCCUCCUGUGUGUGACAUUGCUUCAUCGUUACUGAAGGAGCCACAGAGCUCCUAUUCUGCUGGUCAUAGAGGCAGCCAACAACCGCUAAAAUCACCAUUAAAAUCUUACUCCUUCUAAAGGGACUUUGGAAGAUGUUUCUUCCUUCUGAGUCUGUCUGAAUUUUUCCUCACCCUCAUUUUCCUUUGGGUUGGAAUCCUAACAUGAGCCCUGAGUAGCCCUCAGGGGUACAGUGAAGUCCAAGGAAAGGUAUCUGUUUUGAAAAUGAACAUCAUGUGGCCUCCGGGAGUUCUUUUUCUGCAAGAAUACUGACUUUCUGGAGUAAUUAGUAUAUUAUUGUACAUGAUUGCUUUGUGAAAUGUGCAUAUGAUAUCACCUAUGCAGCCUUGUUUGAUUUAUUUCCUCCAAUUUGUACUGUUGUUAAAAGCAUAUUGUAUUAUAGAGCUAUUCAGAUAUUUUAAAUAUAAAGAUGUAUUGUUUCCGUAAUAUAGAUGUAUGGAAUAUAUUUAGGUAAUAGAUGCAUUACUUGGUAAAGUUCUCCUUUGACAAACUGACAAAUUCUAGGUUAAUUAGCAAUGUUGUAUCCCAGUGAGCAGUAAAUCAAUGGAACAUCUUAUGAAGAGGAUGAGGACACUUAAAAUGGAAAUAGUUGUCCAAAACUGUACAAUGUGGGCUUACUCAACUGCUGGGUUUAUAUUAGCAGUACUCCCCUUACCUCCCCCAAAUUCAAAAUUCUUACUUUGAGCUCUUAAGAAUUCCUAACUUAUAACUGGUUUUAAAUGAGAAAUUUCUCCUGUGGUUUUAGUUUGAGAAUAAUCAGUAAAAUGUGCAGUGUGUUUUAUGCAAACAGAGCAGCCUGGCAUUAUAACAGCCCCUCCUUGAGGUGGGGACUGGCCUGGCACUGUGGCCAGCGGUGGCCGUGUAAGUCCCGUCAGGAUAGUCACACUCUCCCGCAUUUUGCCACUGAGUUUAGUAGCAGUGCAGAUUCCAUGUUUCUGUUUCGAUACUCUCUGAGAAGUGCCUGAUGAUGCUGAUGUACUUACAGGUACAAGAACAAUCUUUGCUAUAAUUGUAUAAAGCCAUAAAUGUAUAUAAAUUAUCUUUAAAUGG